ACAUCAACCCAAGCGACUGUCAUCGGAGAACACAGCUGGCCAGAGAAGAGAUUUCAUCAGACAGAUCUUCGUCUUGGGCGUGGAGUCUGCUAUUUCACAUCCACAAGAAAAAACUAACAGUACAAAAUAUCCAAACUGUAAAAUUAAUCUGCUUUAAGUUGGAAAGUUUUUUUGGGGGAAAACAUAACCCACAAGAACACCAUGUCGGAUUCGUACCGGAGAAAAACGGCUGCAUUGCGAUUGUGUUUUCAUCUUAUUGUCAUAAUUGAAGUGGGUGCCGAAACGCAUUACCACUCAACGCUGACUGUCUCAGUGCCACACAUGUCCUACAUAUGCCCGGAAGGCGCCAACGUCACCAUGCAGUGCGUGGCGGCAGGGACGACCAGGUACGCCGGGGACCAAGUCAAGUUCGGCUGGCUCUUCACCGCUCACCAGGACCAGCGAUGCCAAGACGACACCCGCCCCAGAAUUCCCCACUCCAAAAACCACUCGCACGCUCGCGCCGAGGGGGUGUACUACCAGUCCACCAGAGGCGUUUCCUGGAUCACCCUGGUGAACGUGGCGCACGCUGACCAGGGCCGAUACUGCUGCGUGGCGCUGGACAUCCACAGGGAAGCGCACCGCGCCGUCGUGGAGCAGAAACCCCACAACCACGUCCUGCUGACCAUCACUCCCCGUCGACCUGGAAAUACAAACUGCACUGUGAUAGACCACAAGCCUCCUGAAGGGUCUGUGGCGGCAGGGCUGGCGACAGCAGGGUGCAUCAUGGGUAUUCUUUCAUUGCCGCUCAUCUUACUGCUAGUGUACAAGCAGAGACAGACUGCCCAGUCCAACAGACGUGCACAUGAGCUGGUGAGAAUGGACAGUGAGGCACAAGGUCACGAGAACCCUGUGUUUUUGGGGGGGUCACCCCAGAAUAAGACGCGAACCGUGUCCCAGAUCAUGACCAGACAGUCGUCGGAGACAGGGCGCCACCUGCUGUCCGAGCCCAACACCCCCCUCUCUCCCCCUGUCCACGGAGACGUCUUUUUCCCAUCACAAGAACCAAUCCCUGAGUCCCCGGACUUCAUGCAGGUAUAACAAGGAAAGUUUUCCUCUUCAGGCUUAUCUCACCAAAGCUACGUCACCUCUCAUGCCUGCCUCGGUAUGCCGCUGGGGAGUUCUCUGCACGUGUGGAAAAACCAAAAAAAAAAAUGCCCAAAAAACAACCCCCCCCCCCAAAAAAAAAAACAAAAAAAAAACUGAAAAACAUUUUUCCACUUGCGACAGUGAGUCCAGACCAAAGGGACCCCAUCUUCAAAGCGCUCACGUUGCAUUGGGGACUGUCAUAACUAAGGCACUGUCCAAAGUAUCAACACCCAUUCAUCGAUAGGUGCCCAUUCCAUGUUUCAAUAUGAGCUGUUCCCAGGAGUCCAGAGGCAGAGGAAAGCCUUGCGCUCAUCGUUUGGUUGGGGACGCGAGAUGGCCACGGGGCGGAGUCGUAUUUCACAGGAAGUGUGUGGCUGACAUUCCACGGGUCUCAGAUCUUUGCCUCGUGCCCUCUGAGCUAAAAGCACACCCCUCGGUGUCUCUCUAAAGUUCAGGUUUUUUUGCGGUCAGGUAUGACUGCAGUGAACGGGCCUGCCAUUGUGUAUGUGUAUGUGGAGGAGUUUCUCAGGUUAGGACUGCCAUUCAACUCCAGUAUUCUUUUUUAAGUGUCUGCUGGCCAACACAACCCCUUUCCCACACACACACACACCCAAACUCACAACUGUCAGUGGUCUCUUCUUUUCUACACACGUACAUUAAUCUGUUUUGUUUCUCUCCCCUCCCCUGUCUUCUUUUGUCUUUACCUCUAUAGAUUUCUCAGUCCCUCCCAUGUUUUCUCUCCGGCCUUAUUUUCUUUCUUUUCAUCCUUCGUGCUCUCUCUCACUCACUCCUCAGAGUCUCAGAUUUUUAACAGAUUCAGCAAAGCGCACUACCUCACCUGAGCUUAACCCCAGUCACACUCUUCCUUAACAUUCACUGCCUAGAAGAUCAUUUUGUCUUCCUUUAUCAUAUGCAGGUCAUUGCAUUUUGCUCUUAAUUCAAAUUUCUGUCACUUAAAAAAGCAAUGUUGUUUUUAUAUGUUGAUGUUUUAUAUUUUAAUACUUAAAAAAUGUGUUAAAUGUAGAUGUCUUCCCUUUUGAAAAAGUAAUAUAUGUUUUUUUUAGGGAUUUUGCAUAAACAAUGUAGCUACUGAAAACAUUCUGGUCAUUGAUAUAUUUUAUGACAUUUUGCAUAUGCAUGUUAAGACAUUAAAAUAUGUCUCAUAUCCCUAUACUUCACAACUCAAAGUAUGUAACUUGUUUAGUAAGGGUUUUCAAAUAUUUGUGUAUAUUUAUUAAAUUGUAAAAUUGAUCAUAUUUAUAGCUUUCCUGCCCCUAAUGGCAGCAAGAUGUAAUUACACCUUUCUUGUCUGUUGUGCCAAGGUAAUACCCUUGACACAUGAAGACACCAUUUCUGAGGGCUUAUCCAAAUUGUCAUUGACCUUCACUGAAACCGACUACCAGUCUGUCACAAUAAGUUGUGAUAUUCAUUGACAAUCAGGAGGGAUCUAGUGUAGGUGUCUCCUUAAACAAUGAGAAGAGUGCUUUAAUAAGGUUGGACAGAAGCAGAGAUGUUAGUGAGAAAUAUUCCUUUGACCUGCAGCUAAAUGCUGUGGCACUGAACACACUGGCUACCAAUGGAGCAAUACAAGCCUGAAUGGGCAUAAUAAUAGGUGAUGUGAAAGCAUCUUGGCUGGGUUCAGUGAACUUUGAAGUUACAAGCAAGAAUUUUCUUUUUCUCCUUCACAAACCAAGUUGCCAUGUUCAGUGAUCACUACAAUUAGCCAAAAAGAAAUUGUAAAAUUAGCCAAAAUCUAAAAAAUUAGACCAAUUGAACAGUGUGUGUAUGUGUGUGUGUGUGUGUGUGUGUGUGUGUUCUCUAUCCAAUUGUACUGGUCCAGUUAAUGACUGAAAAAAAAUAGG